AUGUCAAUCUCAGUAGGACAAGCAAUCUGGUCCUCUGUAAAACCAAUAAUAAAAAUAUACCUAAUCAUCGGUGUAGGGUUCCUCCUUGCAAAAUCUGCCAUCUUAACAGUCGAAGCAACAAGAACAAUAUCAGACAUAGUCCUAACAGUCCUAUUACCAUGUUUAGCGUUCAAUAAAAUAGUAGCAAAUAUCGAAGGUAAUGAUAUAAAAUCAGUAGGGAUAAUCUGUCUAACAUCAUUGUUGAUCUUCGGUACAGGUGUCUUCUUCGCAUACCUAGUGAGGAGAUUAUUAUGGGUCCCGAAACAAUGGAAUGGCGGAAUAUUAGCAGGUGGGAUGUUCCCCAAUAUUAGUGAUUUACCAAUCGCAUAUUUACAAACAAUGGAUCAAGGUUUCAUUUUCAGUCCAGAUGAAGGUGAGAAGGGAGUAGCGUCUGUCAUUAUCUUUUUAGCCAUGUUCUUAGUUUGUUUGUUUAACCUUGGUGGGUUCCGAUUGAUCGAAAUGGAUUUCGAAUAUAAAGAUGAAGAAAGUCAAAUCACCCAGGAUGAAAUACAUUCGUCAACUAUGCCCUCUUUACAAGACUCGACAACGAAUAAUUCGAAUGGAAGUAACCAUCCUGUGGUUUGUUCACUAGGAGACGAGAGGGAGAAGCAAAUUUCAAAUCAUACUAGUAAUGAGAGUAGUACACUUUCCAAGAGUGCAUCUUCUAUUCAACAAGAUGAUUUGGAUGUCAACAAUAAUACAGCAAUUGGAUCUUCUAAACACGAACCCAUGAAUGAAACCAAUGAUUUAGGUCUACUCAAUGGAAAUUCAAAACAUAUGGACGGUGAUGAAGAAAGUGUUCUAACACAAGAAAGUAGUACAACUACAACUACAAAUAAUAGUUUACAUACAAUCGAAUCCUCAAUAUCUUCCAUACCUUCCAUCCCUGAUACCAUACCUUCAGAUAUUAAUAACAAUAACAAUAAUAAUACUAUGAAUAACCCUAAUUUAUCAUCCACAAGACAAAGAAGUCAACCAAUAGCAUUUACACAAAAUAAUAGUAGCCUUACACAACAACUCACAGAUAGUAGUAUAACAAGUGGUACACAAUUGAGACCAAUAAGAUCACUUGAUAUGAGAAGUUUACCCUUACAAAAUAUGAAUGACCUAAUACGUGAAUAUUCCAACGUUGAUCAAUAUGGGAACCCAACACCAUCAAUUCAAGAUCAAACUCCCAUUGAAUCACAAACAAUGUUACAACGUGUACGAUCAUCUAAUCUAACAAAGAUUUUAACCUCUGACGCAACAGUAAGUAGAAACGAUAUCAGUGAAUCAGGUACAUCAUUACCUAAAUGGAUUCAAAAAUUUCCCCUAACACCAUUAUUAGUCUUUUUUCUAAAGAAUUGUUUAAGACCAUGCUCCAUUGCGGUCAUUUUAUCACUCACAAUUGCCUUCAUACCAUGGGUAAAGGCAUUAUUCGUCACAACACCAACGACACCUAUAAUCAAUCAAGCUCCUGAUCAACAACCAGCCUUAAGUUUCCUAAUGGAUUUCACCGCAUACGUUGGAGCUGCAUCUGUCCCAUUCGGAUUAAUCUUAUUAGGUGCCACUUUGGGUAGAUUGAAACUAGGUAAAUUAUACCCAGGAUUUUGGAAAUCUGCUUGCGUAUUGGUAUUCUUAAGACAAUGUAUCAUGCCAAUAUUUGGUGUCCUUUGGUGUGAUAGAUUAGUGAAGGCAGGUUGGUGUAAUUGGAAAGAUGAUAAGAUGUUACUUUUCAUAAUCGCAUUAAGUUGGGAUUUACCUACAAUGACUACGUUGAUUUAUUUUACCGCAAGUUAUACUCCUCCUGAUGUGGUACAACCUAUUCAAAUGGAAUGUGUUUCCUUCUUCUUACUAAUUCAAUAUCCUUUGAUGGCUAUAAGUAUGCCAUUUUUAGUUACUUAUUUCUUAAAGGUUCAAAUUGGAAUAUGA